AUGGCGGCGACGGCGGGCGGCAGGAGGGGCAGUGCCCCGCGCGGGGCGGCGGGACGGCGGCGGCCGCGGGCCCAGGUCGCGGGCGCCGAGGGGAGGCCGCGGGCGGCGGCCAGGCGGCCCACCGACGAGGAGGUGUCCAGCGACUCUGAGCCGGAGAGCCCGUCGUUGAAGAAGCGGCGGCGGGAGGCGGCGGCGGAGGAGGAGGUGGAGGAGACGCCGCAGGAGAAGAAGCUGCGCCUGGCCAAGCUGUACCUGGAGCAGCUCCGGCAGCACGAGGAGGAGCGGGCGGCGGCGGAGGAGGAGACCCCGCCGGCGGAUCUCAUCGGCGACCGGCUGAAGGAGGACGUGCUCGAGCAGAAGGGCCGGCUGCAGCGCCUGGUCGCCAAAGAUGUGCAGGCUCCGGAUCCGUCCAGCAUCCGUGUGCUGCGGGGGCACCAGCUGCCUGUCACCUGCCUGGUCAUCUCUCCAGAUGACAGGUUCAUCUUUUCCGCUUCCAAGGAUGGCUCCCUCAUCAAAUGGGAGGUGGCGAGUGGGAAGAGGCUGUGUGUGGUCCCCGGAGGGAAGAAGGGCACCGAGGAGCGGCACAUGGGGCACGCGUCCCAUGUCCUCUGCAUGGCCAUCUCGUCGGAUGGCAAGUACCUGGCCACAGGAGACAGGAACAAGCUGAUCAUGAGCUGGGACGCAGCCACCUGCAAGCGCCUGCACAUCUUCACAGGGCACCGCGAUGCCGUCUCAGGUCUGUCCUUCCGGAAGGGCACACACCAGUUGUACAGUGCCUCCCACGACCGCUGCGUCAAGGUCUGGAAUGUGGCAGAGAACGCAUACGUGGAGACCCUGUUUGGGCACCAGGACGUCAUCACGGGGCUGGACAGCCUGAGCCGGGAGUGCUGCGUGACGGCAGGGGGCCGGGAUGGAACCGUGCGCCUCUGGAAGAUCCCUGAGGAGUCACAGCUCGUGUUUUGUGGGCACCAGGGUUCCAUCGACUGUAUCCAACUCAUCAACGAGGAGCACAUGGUGUCGGGCGCCGACGAUGGGUCCGUAGCCCUGUGGGGGCUGACGAAGAAGAAGCCGCUGGCGCUGGCCCGGCAGGCGCAUGGCAUGCAGGAGGCCCAGGGCCUGCAGCAGCCCUACUGGAUCUCAGCAGUGGCUGCCCUUCGCAACAGUGACCUCCUGGCUACAGGCUCCCACAGUGCCAGUGUGAAGCUCUGGAAGUGCGGGGAAGGAUUUCGAAAGCUGGAGCACCUCUGGGACAUCCCCUUGGUGGGUUUUGUCAACAGCCUCAAGUUCUCCUCAGCUGGUGACUUCCUGGUAGCCGGUGUUGGGCAGGAGCACCGGCUUGGCCGAUGGUGGAGAAUCAAAGAAGCCAAAAACAGCAUCUGCAUCAUCCCCCUGCAGCGGAAGGCCGCAGCCCCCAGCGCUGAGGGCCCCAACAGCUCCUAACCCUGGAGUCCUGGCCCCACGGACACAGGUGCUGUGUGCCCCCUGCCCUGCUGCCCCCCCCAGCAGGAGCUGGCUCUGCCCUCUGCGAGGGUCUGCCCCUUCCCCUCAGGUUCCACCCCUGCCUGGGACCUGAGCUCUGUAAGAAUCCAUUUAUAAAA